CGAACCGCUCAACACGUUUUGUUUACAAAAAUUUGUUUAUUUUUUUAAAAAGCCAUGAAAAAUCAGGAUUUGGUGGAUUUUCUGAGAUCCUGCGGCGUAUGCGAGGUUUGCCAGCUGCGCUACUUGAAGGCUAGAGGUUCCGAGUAUAAGGAUAUCAAUGAAACACUUCGAAACUUGGAUAUAAAAGUAAAUGAAACUGUUGAAAAUGGAUAUAGUAGCACUCCACCAGAUGAUCAGCCUGCAAAAAAACAACGUCUAACCAUUUGCUCAACUUGUUUGGGUCUAUUUUCGGAGGAUUUUCAAAAGGACCUCCUGGCGGGUAUCCUCAACUCUGAUUUUGGUAAAUACGAUUGCCAGACAAUCGUUCUAGCCAUUAGUUUGCCCAUGAUCCUGCAGCUGAGGCAGUUGGCCAUGUGGUAUGCCCUGCAGAGAAAAUUCGGGCCGAUCAUAGACGCCAAUAACCCCCCAGAUGUCCCCAUUAAGGAGGCCGUCAAGCUUAUACUGCACCCAAUAAUAUGUGAAAAGUUGGGCAAAGAAUACGACCCUAAUGGGCUAAUGAUCAGUGUGGAUCUCAGGCAUAAGCUAGAGGAGGAGGAGGUUGACAAACUGGUGAAGCUCAACAAAGAAGCCUUUCCCUAUAAGGCUGCCCAUCAGAAACGCAUCGAAAUCUCACGAGGCUUGCUGGAAAAGCAAUACCAACCGGCGAAAGUCAAGGCGGAUACUUUCGAGAAGUAUUUCCAAAUCCCCUCUCCAACUGUAGAGGAACCCCUUGAGCUAAAAACCAUUGAGCUGCAAGGUCCAUUGGUCUGUGUGGCUGGAAGAUAUCGGAAAGUAAAUCGCGAAAUCUCGCACACGCCUUGGGUUCUUAAUGGCCAGAGGGUGAUGGAGGACAGCAUCGAGGAGAUAAUCAUCCGGAAUGUUGGAGCGCACUUCACGGAGAAGCCGGAGAAAAUCAUCUUUAUGUCCAGCGGACGAGAAGAUGUCGAUGUUCGUUGUUUGGGCAAAGGAAGGCCUUUUGUUCUCGAGAUUCCGAACUCCAUCAGAAGUUCACUGACUAAAGAACAAGCCCACAAAAUGGAGAAGGCGGUGGACGAGUCCGGAAAGGUUUCCAUAGUAAACCUACAAGUGGUAGCGCGGGAGGAGCUAUCGCAUAUAAAAACAGGCGAGGAGCAAAAGAAGAAAUUCUAUCGCGCCCUUUGUGCUCUGAAGGAACCAGUAACCGUGGAGAUUUUGGAAAAACUUCAAAUAUCUAAAAGUUUUGAUAUCCAACAGAAGACCCCCAUACGAGUCCUUCAUCGUCGUCCUUUGCACACCCGACCCAGGACCAUUUAUAGUGUUAGGGCGCGCGUCCAACGCGGUAAUCCACAAGCUUUGAUUGUGGAUAUUGUUACUCAAGCUGGAACCUACAUAAAAGAGUUGGUUCAUGGAGAAUUUGGAAGAACCACUCCCUCAUUAUCCUCCAUCAUAGGCAAGGCCAUGGAUAUUCAAGCUUUAGAUGUGGUGGGAAUUGACUUGGAAUGGCCUCCGGAGGUGGACAAUUCAUUGUCUAGUUUAAACACAUAA